GCAAAGACAGAAAAACCCUCUGCUUUUCUUUCCUUAGAAAAAGUGGCAAACGAAGUUCAAACUUUGCAAAAAGAACUAGCCGAGCAAUCUGCGUAUGGAGAAGGAAAAAGAGCCUGGGAGGUUAUAAAUUCAUUCCUAAAAAGCCACCCCGAAACUGCCAAAAAUCUUCUUUUUUUGGCUCAUGUCAAAGAUGAAGCGGAAAAAAACAGAGAAGGUUUUUUUAUUUCUACGGAAUGUGAACUUGACAAUGCCAUAUCACUGUAUCAAGUUGAAACCAACGUUCUUAUUGACGAAUUGCAUCGACUGGACGAAAAAUUGGGAAAAGUUAUUCGGGAAGGAACAGCCGAAAAUAAACUCCGACUGGAAAAAAUUCCCAAAAUGAGAAAAUUGGAGAAAAAAGAGCAAAUUUCCCGCGACCAAAUAUUAUCCGACCAAAUUGAUGCGGGCACAAAAACCAUGCAAGAGAUUGAGGACUUUGGAUACGGAUGGCAAGACAAGUUCUGUAAAAAAGGCAAAGAACAAGUUGAUAGCCAAAAGGCAUUUUUCCUAGGAAAAGUUGACAAGGAAUUUGCCCUUCAGGAAGCAGUAAGUUAUGGGGCUAAUGCUCUCAUGAUUUAUUUAGGUGCUCCGCAAAAUAGUUGGCGAAAUCCAUUAAGUAAAUUGAAAAUUCCGGAAUUUCGUGCGGCUCUGCGGGCGAAUAAUAUUGAUAUCAAUAAUGUAGUGGUUCAUGCCCCUUAUUUGUUAAAUCUGGCUAAUACGAUUAAUAAAGAAGUAUUUGACUUUUCCGUGGCGUUUUUAAAGAAAGAAAUGGCCCGGAUGGCCGAAAUUGGCUUAAAAACUCUGGUUCUUCAUCCUGGUAAUGCUUUGAAUGCUCGGCCGGAGGAAGCCUUAUCGAGUCUAGUUCAGGGUAUUAAUUUAGUGCUUGAUGAGAGUUCUGGUAUUCGUAUCGCCUUAGAAACAAUGUCCCGCAGAAAAGGAGAAAUAGGAGGCACUUUCGUCCAAUUACAAACUAUAAUCGCCCAAGUUAAUCAGCCCGAAAAAAUUGGUGUUUGUUGA